CUAUAUAUAUACACCGGGCUUUGUCGAAGACGAUUUCUCAUCUGCUUUUCUGCCUCUUGAGUCGGCUUCUGCUCUGCAAAAGACCCAUCUUCCUCUAUCGGCCGUCUGUUGUCUGAAUCUUCCGGGACAAAUGGGAGGAGGCAACGGUCAGAAGUCCAAGAUGGCUCGCGAGAGGAACUUGGAGAAGCAGAAGGCCGCCGGCAAAGGAAGUCAGCUGGAUUCAAAUAAGAAAGCCAUGACCAUCCAGAGGCCGUGCCUUGGUGCGAUGGCAAGUGCCUCUGCCUCGGUAUCGGUGGUCUCGGGUUCGAGACUUGGGAGCGACCUCUCCAAAAAUGGGGGUAAGACUUGCAGAGAUCCACCUCUCCCAGACCCCACUCAAAGAGGGAGCCUUGUGCACUAGGUAUGGCUUUUUUUUUUUUUUUUUUUAUUCUAAAAAAUUUCCUCCCAUGAGCUUUUUAUAUUGUUAAAUUAACUUACAAGCAAGAAAUAAAGUUCUCGAUUGAAAUAAAGUUAUCCAAAAAAAAGUAUUGUGCUUGUUUAUCAUAAAAAAACACAACUAUUGUGGCUUACACUCUUAAUAAUCAAAUUAGUUCACAUAAUGCAAGUUUUAUUAUCAUCAAAAUUAGUUAUGGAGGCAACGCAUACAGUGUAAAAGUUCUUAUGAUGUGUUCUCAUAGAUUUGUCAAAUAAGUUGAGGAGAAAUAGGGCAACAGAGAAAUUGAAAUUGUGAAAGUAAGAAAAUAUGCAGCAUAGUCAAAUUGGACGUUGUUGCUGAUUAAGACGAUUGUGGAGAAGAAGAAACAAUAAUGCUUUGGGUUCAUGCCUGUUGAAAAAGAUGAUUAUGGUGGCAUUUGGUAGAUUGAAUUUAGAUUUGAAGGAGGUAGAUUAUAAUCUUUUUAUGGAUUACUUGGUGGCAUAGGGGAUGAGAUGGCAACACCACAACUCAUAGUUGUUGGCUUGGUAUAAGGGUAGAAUGAUCCAGCCACUCCUACUUUUCUAAAAAAAGGCCGUACCCAGUGCACAAGGCUCCCACAUUGAGUGGAGUCUGGGAAAGGUGGAUGUCGGCAAGCCUUACCCCUAUUUUUGGAGAGGCUGCUCCCGAGUCUCGAACCCGAGACCACCCGUACCGAGGCGGAGGCACUUGCCAUCGCACCAAGGCACGGCCUCUCCACUCCUACUUUUCUCUAUUUUCAAAAAUUGCCAUCUUGCUUUUUGCCAAAACAAGCUUAUUUUAUUUUAGUUGUAUUUAUACCAGUUUAAUUAAGUCUUAGAAAUUUAAGGAACGUAUCAUUUCCGUCUCUUGUUCUUUUGGUUUCAUAGCAGGAUAAAAAAAAAAAAAAAAAAACAGGUGGCAACAACAUAUUUGUUUGCAUUGCUAGUUUUAUGUGUUUAUUGUCUGAUUUAGCUAUAUUAGCAGCUCUUCUGUUGCAAAAUAUUUCUCUCCUGAUUUAUGUUUCCUGAGUCAAUUCUUCAUGUCAGUCAAUAGUUGCAGCAAAAUAAAAAAUGCACUCUGGUACAAGUUUAAGGUACUUCUGCAAUGGAUAGGUUUGCUGAACAUAAUUUAUGAAAUUAAUUAUUAUUCUUUCCAUGUUUAAUGUAGAAGUCAUCUUUAAAUAAUGCAAACAGUUAAUCCAAUGCAGUUUACUGAACAGGCAUGGAGAGUCUCCAUUGGAGACAAAUUACUGACCUGUUUAGUGCAUGGGUUAGAUCAGAAUUUUAAAGAAGUUUUCCAAUAUAUGAUUAUUGUUGUUUGAUAUCCCUCCAUUUGUUAACAGGAGUCCUCAUGUUUUUUGUGUCUCUGUGCAAAACAAGUACUCUGGUAAAUAAACAAAGACACACACAAUAUAAAGAUUUGAGACUUCCUCUGCAUGUUUGGAUGCUUUUUCCAGGCAGGGGUUUUUGGUUGUUUGUGGAUGCUGUUCAUGUAUGAAAAAUUUAAAUCAAAGCAGAAAGAAAACUUCUACAACAAGCUAGAAAGUAAAUUCUUAAAACUAGUGAAGGAUUUACAAUGGAAGAACCACAAAAAUUAAAUAAAGAAUAUUUGAAAGUCAUUGGGAACAGCUACAAAAAGGUUCUUGUGGGAUGCAUUUUUUUUUCUUGUCCAUUGGGAAGGUCCAGAGGCCCAACCACAUCCAACAUGGCUAUUUUGCUAGCUGUGUCAAGAUCUUGCUCUCCCAUCCAUUGGGUCUAAUAUUUUUCAAAAUAGGAACAUGCACAGUUCAUUCCUCUGUUUCUGAAUUGUUACAUUAACUUUAGUAGUUGAUUGGAUUGUACAAAAUCAAAGUUCACAUUUUUGCAGAGCAAACAAAUGUGUUAAAUACAUUCACCCAAACAUGGGAGGUCAUUGGAUUUGUGGAUUUGAAUGAAAUGCUAUAUAAGAUUUUACUGAGUUUUAUCUAAA